GGGACUAGCGUUGAUUGGUUGUGUGGAGUGAUCUCUAGUUACACAGGAAAAUUGUGGAAGAAGACGAGCGUGUUUAAGCGGCGGGGCGAUAGGCGGGAGGUUCGGGCUGCAGUGUGGAGGCCUGGUAUUAGUUGACUCCUUUCUGAAAUGGGUGAUGUUCAUGCUCAGGUAACUCCAGAAACUCCAGGACAGAAAGCAGUUCUUAACCCUUUUGAGAGUCCCAAUGAUUACUGCAGCUUACAUGAGCCAUUUGUUUCCAGUCCAUCCCUGUUCAAACCUGAGAAGUCUUCAGCUACUCCUCAUCAGUUUAAAUGGUCAAUUGAUCAGCUUGCUGCAAUAUAUCCUGUUGAGAUUGAUCCUGAGGAUGUACAUCGCCAGGCUUUAUAUUUGAGCCAUGCCAAGAUGGAUAAGGAAGUAGAGGACAGAAGACAAAGGGCUAUUGAAGAGUUUUUUACAAAAAGAAUAAUUGUUCCUUCACCUUGGACCCAACAUGAUGGGAAACAAGCUGCUCAGUUUCACUCAACAAAAUGUGUUGAUCUGAACUACGAAUCGCCUCUUAGGAGAGCACAAACUGUGACCACUGGAAAAAAUACAGUUGCUUGUCAGACACAGCUGUCAUUACCUGUUGACUUCAAUCUGGAGCGAGUACUAGGUGUGUACUUUAAAGCAGAAGAGCAUCCCGAUCAAUCUCAGGAAAGCUUAAGCAACUCUUCACUUCGAAGAAAGCUGUUUUUGGAUGGACAAGUCAGUGGAUCAGAAUGUUCUUCACCCUCCUCUCCGCCACCAGGCACAUAUGAUGCUCCUCCAGCCGCUCUGGGAGUUCUCUGCUCAAUAGAUCUGUCUCCUGUCCGAUGCAGAAGCCCUAUGCAAACUCCCAAUUCGGGACAGUUUUCUUCAAGUCCAAUUCAAGGUGGACGAAGGGCUUACAGUCUUGGGAGUAGUGCAAGCCCCAUGUUCUUUGAAAAUUCGCCCCCAAGAGGCAUGUCACCAGCAUUCUCCCCAAUAUCAAGAGAUGUGGGAAAGACGCCAAUGGCCGAAAAGAAGAAAUUAUCAUUCCUUUCCCCAGACACCCUUUCUUCUUCAAAUUCGAUGGUCAAUUCAUGUUCCAGAAGCCCUUUAAUUGAAGGAUGUUCUCCAAUCAAGAGUGUGUUUGCCAGGACUUCCCAUGUUUGCAGGGACAGUGCACAGUUUCGGAUCGCUGUACCAUUCUCAAUUGAACAUCUGGAGGAGGAGAAAGAAAAUUCCCCUCCUGCACAUGGCUCAUCACCUGAUGGCAGUAUUGUUAUACAGUUACAUAACCUGGAUACAUCCUUUCCUGAGGCACAUGCCAUGGACCCACUGACCACUGUACAAUCAAGAGUAUUUAAAGAACCUGAAAAUGACUUCAAAGAAAAUGAUACGGUAGAAAUGGUGGAUCCUGUGGAACUUGAAGAUGAUCAAAUUUGGGUUAAAGCUGCUAUAGUGACAGACAACACUCCAGUGACUAGUUUUAUGACUGGGAAUAUUUUUAGUGUUGAGACUUCUCACAUGUGCAUGUCGCCUUUAGCAGAGAGCAGUGUCAUUCCUUGUGACAGCAGCAGCAGCAUUCAGGUGGACAGUGGUUAUACUACACAAACAUGUGGAUCCAGUUUAAUGGAUGGAAUUGGUGGAGAAGGAGCAUACAAAGAGAGCGAUGUACAGUUUUCGGAAAUUCAAAAUGCAUCUGAACAUGCCAAAGUUAAGGAUUUUUCAGCUUUGGAAGUUCGAGGGCAUAAGCUGUUAGAAGUUGAGUCUCCAGAAUUGGAGUAUCCCCCUCCUAAAACAAGUAAUAAAUUACAUCGGACUCUUAACUCUGGAACAUGGAAACUUAGCAGAUUUACUAAAAAUGCCCGACUCCAGAACUCCCAAAAAAGCAUGGAUGGAAAGCCUGUGUCAAGUUUUCUACAAUGAUCUUCCAAUAGGGAAGAAUAAUCGGAGUUCUGUGAAUACUGAUAAAACUUGAUCUUUAACCUAUGAAUGUGAAAUGGUGCUCUGUGCCACUAACCCCAAUGUGUAUUUAUUUCAAACAACGGUUCUAAACCAAAGGCUUUUUUUUUUUUUUCAUUAAGUUGGACAAUACAAAGUUUCAUAUGCAUUUUGCACAAUGCGUAAAAGCUGGCUCCCUGUGUAGAUAUAUUCAGCUGCCAUGUAUAAUUUUCAUUUGUACUUUUGAUGUAUAAAUAAUGGGCAGAUCUGUAUAGAUCUGAUUACCACUCUGUAGUGCUGCUAAGCAGAAGUUAUUUUCUUCAAUGUUCUAGAGCUCCAAGGACAGCUGAUGAGCAAUAACCUGUCUACCGGUGCUAAGUAAGCACAUCUCUCAAUGAUUGAUGUUUACGGGCUAGUAAAAAGGUGACUGUAAA